AUGCAGCCGUCUGAGCCUGACCAUAAUUCACUAGACGAUAGCUGGGCCUCGCUUGCGGACGUUGAAUCCUCCAACGAAGACGACCUGCAAUCCGAACAUACAGACGUGGGAUCUCUCCUUGACGUGCAUAGCUCAGAUGAUGUUCAAAGCGUCUCUGACGAAGUCUACAUCCAUGAUGGUGCAUCAUCAGACGAGGAUGGUCUCGAGGACACUCUCAGGGAAGCAUUACACCGCAGACCGACUCUGAUCCCUCGCACAGAGCAAGGAUUCAGCUACCCCGAUCCGCCCCCUUCACCUCAAAUAGUCUACUCAGAACAAGAAGUUGGGCAAGAUGAGCAGGGUCCCAGUGGCACCUAUACAACCAGCCGACCUCUCUCUGAGCAAGAAGCCCGAAAACUGCUUGAUCGUGGUCAUGGCGAGGGCGAAACUCUAAGAUGCCUGAGUGUUAUUCGAAUGCCUGUUCUAGAAAGUGGUCUAGACUUGAACGUACACAACUAUUUCAAGGUUCUUCUACUGGGGCGACAUGUUGAACAGUUCAGACCAGAACUUCAGAGAAAACUCGGCGACGUCCUUGUUUCACGGCCGGUGACCUCUCACAACGUCAAUCCCACAUCUGUUUCGAGAUACCAUGUGGUGCCAAACACAUUUGGGCCCGGAGCAGAACCAGACUUUGCAGACCUUGUUGCAAUCGACAAACUGAUUGACUUUGAUUGCUAUGAUCUGAUCCAGUCAUCCGGUAGUCUUGGCCAGCAGGAAGACUUGAUCCUUCGAAAUAGUCAAACCUACUCAGAAAUAGUUUCAAAGUGGACUGGCUCCAGGUUAGUCGUCGGCAACCCCCGUUGGACUGUACCGGACAUUGCCAUCAUCUGCGUUAAUCUCAAUGAUGAGGGCUGUAUGAACAACGACAGUUGCCAGAUGAUCUCCUUUGUGGAGCAACUCGGCAUACCGAAGAUCUUGAUCCGGAUGGAUCGGGGCUGGGACGGUGAUUAUCGAGGUAGUGUGACCUCUGAUUCUCUGCACGAAUGCAUCGAAACACGACCUCAGCGGCCAAUGCAGGUGCAGCACAAGUUCUCGCCAAAAUUACCCCUGGACAUGGCGGCAUUCCUGAACUUGGAUGCUACUGUCCUUAACAAGCACAUUGCGUAUGCUGUGUCGAGCGCCGAGCAAAACCACGCUGGCGAGGAUGAUGGCUUGGACUCCUCGUCGAAAGAGCCUUGCGAGAAGCCCGGCAGCGAAUUCAGCCUUCUCCCACCAGUCAGUGCUUCACUCAUUAAGAAUGUCUUCAUCGUCCUUUGGAUUGUCGGCGUGUACAGUUUUCUGGGAUUCGGCUUAUGGCCAAUCUUGACCGACCCCUCCUCAGGCGCAGCUUCCGACGAUAUAAUUGCCAGCGUUACCGCGCAGGAGCAAGCACCAUCAACGAGAACGGACCUAUCCAUGCCAACACUUGCAACUUCCACUCACAGUGGCAGCGAGGAAAGCCAAAGUGCUCAACAAUUGCUCGACAUUGCUUCAGUUAAUCUUAUUCCUGCCGUUGCAGAUGACGUACUACAUUUUCAAGUCGGUAUCGCAGGCGAAGGCCAAUUGCUGGUCAGACUACCCAAGAUCGCACUGAGUCGCAAAAAGCGGUCUCCAUUGUCUGUUGAGCUAAAGCGGAAGAACCAGACCCUUCCUGUGUCCGUACAAGAGCUCUUUGAAGGGGUUUUCAGUGUCCACUUACAGCCACAUGAUGCUCAUGGUGAUAUUGAGGUCAACCUGACCAUGAGUAAACCUCAACUUAGUGAGACGUUUACCGUCUCCUUGGGAGACCGAUCGACUUCCGAGUUUCAGCGGCUGAAAGAGCUUUUGAACAUGCUGAGCGGACAUGUUCAGGAAACGGCGAGCAGCUUUUCAGACUAUUGGAAGGCUGUGCGAGAACGGUUCAUCGCGGAUGAUUUGGCUUUGUUUCCGAGGCUAACCAAGGAAGGAAUGCAUAGAGGAAAGCCGCUCAACGCAACAUGGUCCUUCUUGAGCAAGUUGACACCUUUCGAUAUCCGGUUGAGGUUGAGAGAAGAAACACAAACUCUACACGGCAAAAUGGUGCGCAUGUCCCAAGGUUACGCUAUGGCAGGAAAGAAAUUCGGCAAUGUACUAUCCGGCGGACUCGCCAAUGCUCGUUUGCGCGUGUUUGAUACAGUUGAGUCUAUCAAUGUGCUGCGUCAUCUACCGAGCUUCAACAGGACGACGGUCUUUCACCACCUGGGCGCCGCACAAGGAAGAGCAAAACAACUUGUGACCAAGGCAGCAAGGAAAUUAAGAGUACCAAAGGCACGAGCAUGA